AUGUGCGUCCAACAUAUCUCCCGUUUAUCGAAUAGCAACUCCUUUUUUCUACAACAGAAAAGGAGAAAUUUUAUCGCCUUACACAAUUCAGCGAUAAAUAUUUUCUUAAAAAAGUCUUUAAUCUGCAACGUGCGCUUCAAUCAGCACCAUAGGCACGAGCAAUUCAAUCAAUUAAGUAAUUUUUUCAAUUUAAAUAAAAACGUGAAAUAUGUAUACAGCUUCCGCUCCACGGAUCGAAAAAACGCAUUUCUACAAAAGUGUUUUUUUUACCUGACCCCCAAGUACUACUUGCAAGAUCAUAUAAGAACCGCCAUUAGGAAGAACCAAAACAUUCUUUUCAUUAAGAAGAAGAAAAGGAAGGAACAUCGAAAUUAUUAUAAGUAUGGAAUAGUAGCCAAUUGCAAAGGGGGCAAUUCACAACCCGUUCUGCAGCUCGGCGACAAUUCAGAACAGCGGACCGCCAGGGAACAGGGGAACCAACUGAUUAAUCAAAAUGGACAGACACCUCGACACACCCAUUUUGGAAACAACAUACCCAGGAGCAGGCAGACUCAAUGGGGAUGGGGAUGGAGAUGGCACACCAACAUUAGCUUAUUUCACACGAGGAUAAUCAGACGUCGAAGGGGCCCCAACAUCAGGAGUGCCCAUCUCAUGGGUAGAAUAACGAAAAGGACCAGACAGGUAGAAACGUCAAAUAAGCAGGGAAUUUUUCCCUCCAUUGGGAAACCGCCCCCCCACCAUCAACAUAAGACGACGGAGGCGCAUAAAUAUGGUCAGUCAAAUAACGAAGACACGUACUCGCAGGAAAAGGGCGCAAGCUGCCAAAUAAACACAAAUGAUGCUAACCGAAAUGACGCAAAAAAAAAACAUGACAAAGUGGUGUCCAAAAAGGGCGACUACUACAACUGCAAAGAGGCUGAAAAAACGUUUGAAGAUAAAUCCCACGAAAAAGCAGAAAUGAAUAUAAAGAGGCAUGACUUAAUCUUAGUAGCCCUCUCAGGGUGCAUCCCAUUUAUCUGCUUCGGCUUUGUUGAUAACUCCUUUAUGAUUAUUGCAGGGGACCUAUUUGAUUCUACCUUCUGCGUCUUUCUUGGUUUCAGCACUCUGGCAGCAGCAGGUUUGGGCAAUCUAACCAGCGAUGUUUUAGGUAUCUUCAUUGGAGGGUACAUAGAAAAAAUCAUCGUCUACGUAGGGUUCCCAAGGAUAAACUUAACCAAUAAACAACUGAAAAUGAACAGAACAAGACGAUAUUAUUACAUCGGAAGUGCCAUAGGCAUAGCCAUAGGAUGCCUACUCGGAAUGAUUCCUCUCCUCUUUAUUGAUAUAACAAAUUGGAAGAAAAAAAAAAAAAAAAAAAAAAAAAAAAAAAAUAACAAAAUUGUCAACGUGGAUAAAAGUCUUUUCCACUUGGUCUCCAAUCAGCUUCCAAAUUUUUUAAAUUCAAAUUAUGCAUUCUUAUUUGUUGUUGAUGAGGGCGCUCGUAAUUUUUACUCUCUGGUCAAUACCGACAUAGUGCGGUUACCGCUCGAUGAGGACAUCAUUGGACAAGUAUAUAAAAGUGGGAAACUUAUCAAUUACGAAAGUGGGAGCCUCAUGAAAAAUUUCGCUCAUUCGUAUAAAUCGAGUACGCAGAAGGAGGGAGUCGGGCAAGAUGUACAUAUUAGUGGGGGAACAAACGGGGGGACAAAAAUAUCCUUCCCAGGGGAGGCACCCCAAGGGCAUAAGGAAAAUGAGAAUUCCCUGCAGUUUCUCAAAAGCCAGGACUUUUACAUCGACAAGAAGAGAAUUGACGCCCACCAGGUCAUUGCCGCGCCGGUGUUUGGUCUAGACGAAUCCGUCAUCGCCGUUGUGGUGGCGCUCAACGCAAAGGAUAAAGUUUCCUUCUCCGAUAAGGACGCCCAGUUCUUGAGCAUGUUCUGCGUACACAUAUCGCAGGAGAUGGAGGGCGCGAAGGAGCUGCCCGGAACCCUAAGGUGA